AUGUCUUUAGGUGAUUUAGAUAAUUCAACAAUCAUAUUCAUAACAUCCAUUAUAUUAGGAUUCAUCCUAAUAAAAUGGUUCAAUAUGAAAAAUAGUAACAAUAACAAUGAUGAUGAAUCUUAUGCUGAAAUGACGAUGACUGAAAUCAAAGAAACGAUCACAACUUUCAAUAAGCCAAAAGAUAGUGACGAGAAACAAACAAUUACUAAUGACGAUCAGAAAGAGGCACCACAGAUGAAGAAAAAAGGUAAUCGUUUCCAAAAGAGAAUGGUCAAUGAUGAUAUGAUUGAAGUGGUAGCGACUAUGGCUCCAUCUUUAGAUUAUGAACAAAUUAAAUUUGAUUUACAAAAAACUGGAUCCAUUGAAAAAACUAUUGAAAAUUUCUUAAGAGGUGAUGAUUUCCCAUUCCCUGAAAAAAAAGAAUCAAAUAUUCAAAUAGGAGAAAAGAAAGUAGAUUCUUCUAACUUAGAAUUGGAUGGACUUGAUGAUGACGAUUAUAAUGAAGAAGAAGAUGAAACAUAUAGGGAAGAUACUAUGAAUGACGAAGAAGACGAUGAAGAAGAUGAAGAUUAUUCACAAUUUGCUGAUGAUGAUACUAAUAAUAGUUACGAUGAUUAUUAG